UUCUUCCUCGUAGAUUUAAGACCCAUGAACAGGUCAGCAACACACAUCGUGACUGAGUUUGUCCUCCUGGGAUUCCCUGGUUGCUGGGAGAUACAGAUUUUUCUCUUCUCACUGGUUUUAGUGGUGUAUGCCUUGGCCUUGCUGGGGAAUGGAGCCAUUAUCUGUGCAGUGAGAUGGGAGCCACAACUGCACACCCCCAUGUACUUUCUGUUGGGAAAUUUUGCCUUCCUUGAGAUCUGGUAUGUUUCCUCCACUGUUCCUAACAUGCUAAUCAAUAUUCUCUCCAAAACCAAGGCCAUCUCAUUUUCUGGCUGCUUCCUGCAGUUCUAUUUCUUCUUUUCCCUGGGCACAGCUGAAUGUCUCUUCCUGGCAGUAAUGGCUUAUGAUCGGUACUUGGCCAUCUGCCACCCACUGCACUACCCCACCAUUAUGACUGCAAAGCUCUGUGGAAUGCUGGUGUCUCUGUGCUGGCUCAUUGGAUUCCUUGGCUACCCAAUCCCCAUUUUUUUCAUCUCCCAACUUCCCUUCUGUGGACCCAAUAUCAUUGAUCACUUUCUGUGUGACAUGGACCCACUGAUGGCUCUGUCCUGUGCUCCAGCCCCCAUCACUGAACUUAUUUUCUAUACUCAGAGCUCCCUUGUCCUCUUUUCCACUAUUCUGUACAUUCUUCGAUCCUAUACUGUAUUGCUCAAAGUGGUUCUUCAGGUCCCUUCUGCCGCUGGCCGGAGAAAGGCCUUUUCCACCUGUGGUUCUCAUUUAGCUGUGGUGUCUCUUUUCUAUGGGACAGUCAUGGUAAUGUAUGUGAGUCCAACAUAUGGCAUCUCAACUUUGAUGCAGAAAAUCCUCACACUGGUAUACUCAGUAAUGACUCCUCUUCUUAAUCCCCUGAUCUAUAGUCUUCGUAAUAAGGACAUGAAACUGGCCCUGAAAAAUGUCCUGUUUGGAAUGAGACAUAGUCAAAAUUUAUGA